ACUCAAUAUUCCAUGUAAUUGGCUGACGGUGAUUUAAAAUGUGCUUGCUGGGAUUCUUUUCUCCGUAACAUAUACCAGAACUUUGAUACCCUCCCUCGACUCUCCGUCUGACCUGUGAGACUCAAUGGACUCCAGUGAUGGCCAGCAAGACUCGCCGCUUUCCAUAAGCGCUAACGUCGCGGGCAUGUUGACAUUUGUCGUUGCCAUUGCCGCAGCCUUCUAUGCUCGUUUGACAUUUCUUCGAAAUAGCGACGAUGAGUAUUUCCGAGUCAAAACAUCUUUGUCGUGGUACAAAACUGAAUCUACUUGGCUGGCGGAUCUCGUAGUAGCCAUAAACGCCCAACAUGAAGGUUUCCAUGCACACCAGCCCGAAUAUCAGAUGUACAACUUUGUCAUGGAUGAUCUAUUGAAUCUGGAGCAGCGUCUUCUCGAUAUUGUCGCUGAGACGGAGGCCAAGGCGAGUGUUGGCGACGAAGGGCAAUCAUGGACACUCAUGCCAAGAAGUUGGAAUGGGCGUACAACAGUGGCCAUGGCAUGGCUGCCAGUGAGGACGAAGGCGUUGGAGCUCGUGAGACAGCGUGAGGGUCUGACUGCGAGAGUGCAAUUCAUGCAAAUGAGCAUGAUCUCAUCUCGAUUACGAGAUCUGGAAUCUAGGACGAAAUGGCGAGAGAUGAAGAUGGAUGAGAGCUCACGUAAACUCGAAUCUUUAGUCGAGAGCCAGAGGGAUAGGAUCCAUCGAUUGGAAGACUUGGUAAGCCGAUUGACACAUCGUGAUCGUUCCGGCCUUUCGAGAGCCGGGACCUUGACAGAUCUCGCAGUCAAGAGCACCGAGUCGAUCGAGCCGGCUGAGAUUGGCGGUUCCGCCACAACAUCUGAGUUGGGAGAUACAAUUAAGCCUAAGAAGUCCACAGAAGAAUAGACUUUGUUUAUCG